AUGUUUCACUGCCGUAGCUCUGCCUGCCAGAACCUAGAACUUUUUAGCUGUCGAAGAUCAGAGGAGAAGGCACAAUCGAUUAAGAGGGGAUGGAUGGUGUCCCGGAUAGUAUACAACGUCGCAGUAGCUGAAUAUAGGUACUACUACUGUAUCAGCUUAUGUCUUGUUUGCCGUAAAAGUACUACAAGUUGUAGGCCGAGGUUUGUUGCAUUGCUGCUAAGAGGAAUCAUUGAACCGCUGAAGACUAUAUCCACGUUGUUCUUAGUAUUAUCGAUGACACUGGCCAUAGCUUUUGGAGCGGCCGUCGAGAACCCCACCAAGGAAGCGAAGGUGGAACAGGAUACAAAAACCUCAGAGAGUACUAAAGUGCAAGAAAAACGUGGUCUCGAGCAAUUUGGAUUUGGAGCAGAGCCCUCCUUGGAGGGAGGGUUCAAGCCCUCAUUUGGAUACGAUUCGACUGGUGAUGGUGCAGCUGAUCGUUUUUUCAACGUUUUCGAUAAGGAUGAAGUGCAGCAUACGGUGAUUAAAACGGUGCCAGUCCCAUAUCCAGUAGAAAAACAUGUGAUUCACGAGAAGAAAGUCCCAGUUCAUAUUGACCGUCCCGUACCGUACCCAGUCGCGGUAGAGAAGAAGGUUCCAUUUUUCGUCGAAAAGAAAGUGCCUGUGCACAUUGACCGCCCUGUUCCAUACCCGGUCGAAGUUCCUUAUCCAGUGACAGUCGAGAAAAAGGUUCCAGUUUUCGUGGAGAAGAAGGUUCAUGUAGAUCGUCCUGUUCCAUACCCGGUCCAUGUGGAAAAGAAGGUUCCAGUUUACAUCGAAAAGAAGGUGCCAGUGUAUAUCGAGAAGAAAGUUCCGGUUCACGUUGAAGUUAAAGUGCCGGUAGUUCACAGAGUCGAAGUUCCUGUGCCUAAACCCUACCCAGUCCAUGUCCCGAAGCCAUAUCCGGUGUACAUCGAGAAAGAAGUUAUUAAACAUGUUGAUCGACCUGUUCCAGUAGAAGUAGAAAAAAAGGUGCCUGUCCCAGUUGUGCAUAAAGUGGAAGUCCCAAAACCAUACCCUGUGUUCAUAGAUAAGCCAGUGUAUAUAAAGAAACAAGAUAGCCAUCCCAAUUACGAGGAUCACUAUACAGGUCAGUCGGAAACUAGCUACGAACAUGAGCCCGUUCACGUCGCGGAAGAUAGGCAACACUACGAAGGGGCACAAGAACAACAAGAAGAGCAUGAACAACAAGAACAGCAGCAACAACAACAACACGAACAACAACAAUUACAACAAUACGAACAACAUCAACAAUAUGAACAACAUCAACAACACAUACAGCAACAAGAGCAUAACCAAGAACAGCAAGAAUAUGCAGAAUCUUCUCCGCAAGGAGUGAAAAGUGCAGAGCCUGCCCCUAAAUCAAGUGAUGCGAAGGCCACCAAAAGCAGCAACAAUCAACGUAGUAAUAACGACCAGUAGCUUUAGUCAUAAUCAGUGACUCGCACAACAAGACACGAACCUUAAAAUAUUCUCUAGUCUAUCUGUUGCAACAGUGCA